AAGCAAAAGCAAUAUUUGAGAAGAUACUACUUACCAUCUGGGUUGGAGUUGCACCCCUUUUUCACGUCAUCUCUUGUUCUUCUUUUGUUAUUUUGUCUCAUGCAAUUUCUAUUAUAAAUUUGAAUAAAUCUGUCAAAUUUUUCUAACCCAAGUUCCAAACUUCUCUCGUUUCCAUCACAAUUCUCUCCGAAUCCUGGUGGGUCUGCACCCGUUUGAGUGUUUGACCGAUCGUUCGUUCAUUGCAGCGUAAUCUGCUGCAAAGCGAGCGAUGAAGGGUGUUGGAGGAUAUCACGAUUGGCCUUAUUACGCGUCGCCGACUUCAAAUUUAUCAGCUUUCGCGGCGCCUUUUAGUGUGAAUCCCUACACUUCAAGCGAGGCUUCGUCUCAGUUCAUGGAUACAGCUGAAUCCGCAGAAACCCUGCCCCCAAUUCAGUUUCAACCCUACCGGUACGAUUUCUUUUCGGGCCCCGUUAGAGAAUUGGAUUCCGCUGCGCAAUUCUCUCAUCUGGGUUUGCCUUCUUAUUCCGCAAGAUCGAACCUUGUCGAAGCCCAACCCUACUCUGCGUCUUCUGCAAUUCACGAUCACUCUUCUAAUUCGGCGGCGCCAUAUCAUUGGUCUUCUGGGGCUCCCUCUUCCGAUUGGCCUUCUCUCAGGGAAGCUAAUAGGUCUCCUGAAUUAGGGUUUUCUGGUCAGAGUGCGGUUUCCUGGGACCAGUUUCCGGAGUUCAAUAGCCGUGGUAAAGGGAAACAGGUCGGAGUUGGGAGCAAUCUCUCCGUAAAGGAAACAAAUGCGGCUGGUUCGGUUGGUGAACAAAGGAGGAACCAAGGGAAUCAAGAUGUGAAGGACUCUUCUAAUUGUGAGGUUCCACAAAUUAUUGAUUGGGAAAACUACAAUGUGCCUGCAAGUGCAAAUCAUAUACAUAAUACAUCUAACUGGUGGGGAACUAUCAAACCCAUGCCAGUUGAAUUUUCUGGUACCUCUGUUAUGCAAUCCCCGUCAAUGUCUCUAGAAACUCAUCAUGAGACCCCUUUGAAAGUAGUUGCUGAUUCAGGGAACAAUCACUCGUUGAACAUUGGUUCAUAUUACAAACACUCGAGUCAUGUUGAUAAACCUUCAAGAGUUGACACUGUUUCUUCAAUGCCUGGAACAAUGUUGGUUACAGAUUUGAAUGUCCAGGAUAUUAUAGCAGAUGAACAUGUUGGGCACGAUGAUUUCUAUAAUACAAAGGAGGCUUCUCACAUGCCUAGUCCUGGAACUGCUGGAUUGUUUAAUCCAGGUCCUAUCCAUAUGCAUCUAAGAAGAAAUGAACCUUCCUCCUCAAACAAAGCAAUGAUUUCAGACAAGAAUGUUUCGAGGAAUGUUGCUGAUUAUAUAUUUAGAGAAAGUCAUGAAUUUCAAAAUCCUCAUGCAAAUAUGGAUAAUUUAAGAUUGGGACUUAGUGCUAUUGAAGAUGUCAAUUUUAUUGAGAAAUCUUUUGAGGGUGGUGACCGAUGCAAUCCUGCUGAAGACUCACCUUGCUGGAAGGGAGCUUCUGCUGCUCGCUUUUCUCAUUUUGAACCUUCUGCAGCUCUGUCUCAAGAAUAUGUACACAAAAAAGAAAGUAGCUUUGGUUCUGUCAUUAAGGAGCCUCAGAAUUAUCUGCUUGAUACAGAAAACAAUAUGAAAAAAUCAUGUGGAAAUUCAAAUGGCUUUCAAAUGCAUACUGGAAUUGUCUAUCAGGACAGAAGUUCAGCAGGUUCUCCAAGGAGAUUUUCAGUAACAAAGUUUGCACCUGAAUAUUGCAAGUCAGGUAGUGCUCUGAAUGAUGGUCCUUUUCAAUCUAAGCCUAGCUGUGAUUUUGGACUUCAACAAUAUGUGGAUAUUACCAAAAUGAAGGAAAAUACUGUGCCACCAGCCAAGCCAACUGACUGUGAGUCUGGAUCUUCUCUGAUGGGGCUUCAACUUGUAGAUUUAAAGGAAUUUAUUACUCAAAAACAGCAAGCUUUAUUAUGCACAGGUGAUGUAAAUUCUGGAUGCAAUGUGAAUAAUUGCUCGGAAUAUGAUUCAUCUCACACUGCUGAACAUGUCCUGCCUUUACCUUCUUCAGUAUUAGAUGCAACUACACCUGAAAAUUCAGCUGGGAAAGCGUCAACUGAAAAUUUGGAUGUCCAAAUGCUGCUUGACAGAAUGCAAAAUUUAUCAGAAUUGCUUCUUUCUCAUUGCUUAAAUGAUGCCUGUGAAUGGAAAGAGCAAGAUUGCAAUGUCCUUAAAAAUGUGAUCAGUAAUCUUAAUACAUGUGCUUUAAAGAAUGAACAAAUUGCCCCUGUUCAAGAAUGUCUUUUCAAUCAGCCAGAAACUUCUAAGCAUGCUGGCGAAUCACGCAAGUUUCGCCAGAAUUCAUGUUUGAAGAGGCCACAAUUAACCAAGAUAGGACCAGAGAGCUCUAAGAUUGAGUUUGAGAAUCCACUUGUUGCCGAGGCAAACUUUUGUUUCAGGUCUGGGAAACCACAUAGGAAGCUUUCUGAUUCCAUUUCCCCAAGGGUUGAUACAGAAAUGACAAAGGCUGAUAACAUGACUAAGGAUCUAAAGAGGAUUCUUAGUGAGAAUUUCCAUGGUGAUGAUGAUGAAGGAGCAGAGCCUCAGACUGUAUUAUAUAAGAACCUGUGGCUUGAGGCCGAAGCUACACUUUGUUCUGUAUAUUACAGGGCUCGCUAUAAUCAAAUGAAGAUUGAAAUGGAUAAACAUUCUUACAAGGAAAAAGUGAUGGAGAAGCAAUCUAAAUCUGAGGUCAUUCCGACUAUGAGCCAGAGUCAGAGUUCUGCAACUAAAGUGCAUUAUCCAAACCCUGAUUCUUCUGCGGACCUUAAAUUUCCUGUCUUGGAUGUUACCAAUCUAGAGGAACUAUCUCGCUUGAAUAUUUCCACUGAUAUGAACAAGUCUAAUGCAAUAACACCUGAAGGAAGAGGUCAAAACCUGGAUAGCUUCAUCGAUAAUUAUCUUGUUCCCUGCUCAGUCAAUAAGACUGAAAGAAAUGAUGAGUCUUCUGUUAUGAUGGCCAGAUACCAAGUUCUCAAAGCCCGGAUUGAUCAGUCAUCCACUGUUACUACCAAUCUGGAGGAACCAUUAGACGUAGCAGACAGCUCAUCACCUAGAGGGAGGGAUAAUCAAAACCAAGUUAAUCUAUGCCAAGAUUCCCCUAUUCCUGAAAAAAACAGUGCUGAAUAUGAAACAUCUGUUCUGGCUAGGUUUCAUAUUCUUAAAUCCCGGGAUGAAGGUUCAAGUUCUAUUUCUUCAGAAGGGAAACAGUUACAUGGAGAUGAAUCUGCUGCUGUCGAAGGAAUGGAUGGCAUAACAGUUGCAACAAAUGUAUCUGAGGGUAAAAGUUUGGAUGUCCAUGCAAAUCCUGUUGUGGUGCAUCUCAAUUCCUACACUGCCGUGGACAAGUCAAUCCCAAAGGAGUUUCAUCUGGAUUCGGAGGACAAUCAAGAAACUCAGCCUAGCGGAACCUGUGAGUUUCAGCCUCCUACUUACUACUCCGAUGGCUUCGCGUCAGACUGGGAACAUGUGGAGAAAAGCUUGUAGAACGAUUUUGAAACCUUUUAAGAGUUUGGUUAUAUGGUUCAAUAAAUGUUUAUGUUUUGAGCAUAUGACUCUGAAUAAAUGCUUAUGGGUUAGAUUUAUUAUCUUUAUCAGACAUGCAUAUUGCAGAAUUUGGUCUUUUUCAGUCUUUAUCCUGUUUGUAUAUAACAAUGUCAGACUUUAUUUUUAUCUAAUGUGUUUGCUCACUUGCACAUGUGGAUAAAUAAGUGCAAGUGAUAGAAAAAUAAAAUUUCCAAAUUGCCAAAGAAUAAA